UUCUUUUCAGACAUUUUGCGCAUCGAUCAUCUCUGGAUAAUGCCAAAUUUGACGAAGCUCUCGCUGAAUUGUAAUAAAAUCGAGGUCAUUGAACACAUCGAUAUGUUGUUGGCGCUAAAAGAACUUGAUUUGAGUUUUAAUUACAUCGAACGUAUUGAGAAUAUUGAAAAACUCGUGAACCUCGAAGUUCUCACACUUUUUAGUAAUCUAAUAACAAAACUUGAAAAUGUAGAUACUUUAGAGAAAUUGGUGAUUUUAAGUUUGGGCAACAAUAAAAUCGAAACAACUGAGGGAAUCGAACGUUUUCGUUUCUUGAAGGACCUACGCGUACUUAAUCUGGAGGGCAAUCCUAUAGCAAAGAAAACUGAAUUCCAAAUGGAUCUUUAUGUUGCAGCUGUAUUGCCUGGCGUAAAGUAUUACGAAUAUAAAACGGUUACUGAAGACAUGCGUCAAAAGGGCAUGGAAAAAUAUUAG